AUGUCUCCAGUGAAGCCUACUCCCGCCAUGCAGGCUGCCGCGGCCACCUUCUCUUCUAAUAUACAGAAACGCGAAGAUGCUUUCUACGAGCCAAGAAAACAGCCUUAUUAUUACACCUCUUCAGACAGCAAUUGGAAGCCAGCAGCACCCGGUCAAACGUUCCCAAAAGACGAAUCGGAGUUACUUCUGCAUCCCACGAAGCUUCGUCUGAUCUCCUGGAAUAUCGAUGUCCUUGUUCCGUUCCCAGAAGAACGAAUGAGCGCCGCAUUAGAUCAUCUGCACGACUUAGUAUCGUCGACGCCGCCAGAAAACGCAAUCGUCAUAUUCUUACAAGAGAUGGGAGUAUCGGACAUGGAGCAGAUUCGAGACUCAGCCUGGGUCAAGCAACGCUUCAACCUCACAGAUAUCGACUCGCAAAACUGGCUAAGCUCUCAUUAUGGCACCACCACACUCAUCGAUCGGCGAGUGCACAUAGACUCUGUGUUCCGCGUUCCGUGGUACAGCAAGUUUGGUCGAGACGGCCUAUUUGUGGAUAUCAAGCUUUACAACUCCAUUCGUCCAGAUCUUCCGGUGAAACUACUACGGCUAUGUAACACACAUCUUGAGUCUCUGGUCGCUGAUCCGCCUGUCCGCCCCGUUCAGAUGGCAGCCGCAAAGCAGUACCUCAACCACAACGACGUCGAAAGCGCGAUACUAGCUGGCGAUCUCAAUGCUAUUGAGCCCUUUGAUCGCUCUCUGCACACAGACAAUGAGCUCGAGGAUAUGUACCUAUUGAUAGGCGAAGACAGCGACAAUGGGUACACCUGGGGUUACCAGUCUCCACAAGCCAUGAGGGAUAGGUUCGGAUGUAGCAGGAUGGAUAAGAUCUUGUUCCAAGGGUGGCUAGCUCCUUGGAAGUUCCAGAGAAUUGGUAUGGGCGUCAAAGUAGCUGAGGAGCAUAGACAGAUGAUGAAGGAAGCGGGCGAGCUAGAUUGGGUUUCGGAUCAUUAUGGCGUCAUGGGUGAUUUUUCCCUCGCUUAUCGGGGACAGCUGACAAAGUAUGAAUCAAGGCAGCAAGUGUGA